AUGUCCACGUUUAUGCUGCUCGGGCAUUGGCUCUGCAUCUGCGGAGCUGUGACCCUGCGCGGAUCUGACCGGAGCAAAGACCCAAGUCUGCCCGUUGCCCACCAGAGCAACAUCGAGGGUGUUCCCAGCAUCCAGAAUGCGACAAGCCUGGACGAGAGCGGCUACAUGUACAACAGCAGCGAGCUUUCCAUUCUGAUCCCGGAGACGAGGCCUUUGGUGACAUUACCACUUGUGGUGCUGCAGGCACAUACACACUUCCCCGAGCUUCGAAUACAGCUCAUGUACGGCCAUGACAACAAGGAGUACGUCCACUCGCAGAAAACGCUUGUGGAACUCCAGCAGAAAGGUGCAGUUUUUCUCACACCCAUGCCGGGAGAAGCGUACGAUAUCAACCGGCUGCCUGACUGGGUACACCGCCAGCGAGCAUACUCGAAGGCACUCACGUCACCAGAGUUUUGGAAGCUAAUCACCACCCCCAAAGUCUUGCUGGCACAGACAGACACGUGGAUGUGCAAUGGGGCACACAAGCACCUCAAAGACUUCCUUCAGUACGAUUAUGUCGGGGCUCCGUGGACGAGUAACAUGACUCGUUGCCCCAAGAAGUGGGUGGGCAACGGUGGUUUCAGCCUCCGCGAUCGCGAAGCGAUGCUGAGGGUUACUCAGUCCUUCCGCCCGGAGCCCGACGAUUUGGCUGAGGAUCUUUUUUUCUGCAGUCAUAUGCAAGACUCCGAGAAGCUUCCGUCUCAUGAAGUGGCAAAACACUUCUCCAGGGAGGGAUUCUAUGAAGAGGAGAGUUCGUCAAACCCUACCAUGCCGAAUGUGGGCGUCCACAACCUGCGGUUGACUCCGGAUGAUAUCCGGAAAUUCUUCGAGGGCCAGUGCCCUGGCGUGAGUCUCGUGUGCCAGAACCUGCACCCUGCGCAGGCAGAGCUUGACAACAGCGAAGGGUCCCUUGAGUCCCUUGGCGAGGACCUGGUCCAGAAAUGGAAGCAGGAGUUCUUCCCGCAGACAGUUGCCUUGCUACAAGACAGCAACAGCCGCAUCAUGGACUCUGUUAGCCUGACACUGAUGGCCAAGAUCUUCUCAGCUGAGCCCCUACGCGAUCCAUCCGUGGUCGACUUCCUUCGUGAAACAGAGGAGGCAUUGCAGUGA